AAUACAGACUAACAGGGCUGCUACUCUGAAACCUAGGAAGUAUAGUCUCUCAUGGGCGAUUCAAAUAGAGAUGGGAGCAGUGGUUGCUGGGACUUGUAGUUCAUGACGGUUGUAUGUACCCCUGCAAGUAGAUUUCAGAGUAGUGGCCUUGUUAGUCUGUAUCCGCAAAAAAGAACAGGAGGACUUGUGGCACCUUAGAAACUAACAAAUGUAUUUGAGCAUAAGCUUUUGUGGGCUACAGCUCACUUCAUCGGAUGCAUGGUAGGGCGCUAAAGACGAGUGCUGCUGUUUGCUGCUCCACAUUGUAAUGACAGUGUGUUUCUGCUAGGCCUAGCCUGGUGCAUUGUCUGCCUGCCCAAAGAUCAGGCCCAGGCAUUAUUGAAGACCAUAUGUAGAAUUACUCAGUGUGGCCCAAAGAAUAACAUAUACCUUAGUAGUACAGCACCAUUUUCAACCAGUAGAAUCUAACGGAUAUAACAAACUUUAUGAUUGUAUAUGUAUCGCUUCACCCACCACUGACAUGCAGCCAUCUCUGGGGUGAAAUAGGCAGCUGUCUGACGAUGCUACUCAACAGUGUAGUAUCCCACUCUUAAAUUGGUGUCAGCCCAGACAUCUGGAUCAUGUGAACUCCUCUUGAAUUGUGCAUGGGAGUAGAAGUCUGUGUUUUCUAAUAGAUUCUGAUGCAGGAUCAUGACCAAGCACUAAGCACUAGGACUAAAUUUUGCCCUUUGUUGCACCAAUGCAUCUUAGGGCAAAGUUUGCUUUUUACAAUGGAAGUUCUUUGAAACCCAAAUGACCUAAUUAUAUCAUUACUCUAGCUACUUCCAAUACAGGAAGCCUAGUCUUUAGCUCUGACUCAAAAGCCUAUCCUGCUUCCCUCUAAGUCAACAGCAAAACUCCAAAGUCCUCAGUAGGAAUAUGACUGAGAGCCUAAAGCUUAUUUCUAAGGCUCUGAUCAUGUAACUUUUUUCAUGCAAGAUGACCCCUAUAACCGCACACAACCCCACUGACUUCUCUGGGGCUCCAUAUGGGCACCAGGAUGUAUCCAGGUGGAACAAAUUGCAGAAUCCAGGCCUAAUUUUGUUAGUGCUAAGUAUAUUUAGUAAUAGCCAGGCUUUAUAUGGAUUUUCUCUCUUAAGAACUUUAAAAAAAAUUUCAGCAAAACUCUCCAGGUCACCUGUUAUUUAAAAACAAUAAAUGUAGUGGUGUCUCAAUUAGCCAAAUGUCAAAAUGAGUAAAUUUGGAUAACAGAGGUUUCUAUUAGCUGUGGAAAUUUUCAGAGUAAGUGCAAAUAGACCUCAGGGGAUAUGACACUGUUUCAGACAGCUGAGAGUUUUGGAUAACUGAGGAGCAGAUGACAGCUUUGCAGAACUGUCAUGAACAUAUAUCAUCCCACACACAAAAUAUACUUGUGUCCUUCUCAAUAAUAAAUAUGAAAACAUUAAUUAUACUCUCAUAUUCUUUUUACAGAUUACCCCAAGUGAAUAGGCUAGUAGAAUUUUGUAAAACUGGGGUAUACAAUUAUAUACAUAGUUGUGAGACAUUACAACAAUGAUUUAAUGCCAGAUUCUUCCCUUCAAUAAGCAUACACUACUCCUAUUGGCUUCACUAAGAAUUAUGCAUGCUUAUUUGCAGGCAGAAUUUGACCCUUCAUUUUUUGUUUUAAAUAAAAUAAAAUUAAAUGCUCCAAAUAUGUUGAGAUCUGUGUCUGGGAUAAAAUCUAACUUCUCUUUAAACCACUUUUCUGGAAGUUUUAUCACACUUUCAAAUUAAGGCAGUUUGAGAAAGCCACUGUGAAAUAACUAUUACUUCAUGUCACUGAGUUAUAUAAAGUCAGACUUUUUGAAUGUAUGUAUUCCACUACAGAAUAUAUUGUUAUGUAACAUUGAAAGGCCAAGAAGGUGGCAUUCCUGAGUUCCAAGCCCCACUCACUUACUGGCCUGUAUGGUUGGGGGGUGUGGGAAUAAUCAUGUGCCUCAGUUUCCCCCAUUUAAAAAAAAAGUAUAAAAUGGGGUGAGGGAGGAGGGAAGAGAGAGAAGACAUCCUCUCCUGGCAAAGGUGUUGGUGCUUAAGUACUUGGUGCCCAAUUGAUUAUUCUCCUCCAGUCCCAGUUCUUAAUUCAGCACUACAUUAAAGUCAGUGGGAGCUUUGGCUGUAUAAGGAAUGAAGGAUCUCAAUUGCUCUGUGUUGAUGAAUCCUGGGCAGCUCGCUGUAGGAUUAGGGCCUAGCUUAUCAUUAUAAAUUAUUUAUGCUUACUAGCUCAAUAUGAGCUCAGUAACAAUUUAUUAAUGGUUUGGGUUUUUUUGUAUUAGCUUGUUAUUUUUUUUUAUAUUUAAAUCUGUCUUAAAAAUUAUUAGAUUCUUUCACGUGGAGAUUGUUUUUAAUGGGGGGAAAAAAAAAACCCCUAACCCUGUCUAUAUAGUAAAUGAAUCCCAUGCUGUUUGGCUGCAGUGCUGUGGAGCAAGUGCACUAUGAGAAGGAAAGGCCAGAGAGGGGAGCUGCUGGGUAGCUUUCACCAGGGAAAGCUCCUGGUUGUCCCUGAUUAGUAGCCACACUGUCUUUUGUUUGUUUUUCUCCUGGUUGGUGAGUGGAAAACUCCUUUUUUUUUUUCUUCUUGGCCUCAGUGCAAUGAUCCUCUGGCAGCUAGAUCAGUCCUGGAUUCCCUCAGAUGGACUUGCUGCAUGGCUUCUUGUAGCGGGAGCUGUGUAAUACUGAGUGACUACCAUACAAUGGGCUGGAUUCAUCAAAGGAUAUGUAUGACUCUACCCCUUGCACAGAGGGACAUCUUGGAAAGUUAGGAAAGGUGGCUUGUCAGAGCUCUGCACUGACUGCAGUAUGACCUACCAGAGGCUGAGCCUUGAAAACAUGACUCUUGUGGCUCUUUGUGCAGUCCUGAGUACUGCCACAGAAAGAACUGGUUACACUCAGAGGAGAAACACAUCAGCUACAGGGAAGCAUGUACUAAGGACUGAAAUGAAUUUGCAGCCAAAGGAUCAACAUCAUGAAUAGAUACACUACUAUCAAACAGCUUGGCGAUGGGACGUAUGGGUCCGUCCUCCUAGGGAGAAGCAUUGACUCUGGGGAGCUAAUUGCCAUUAAAAAAAUGAAGAGAAAGUUCUACUCUUGGGAGGAAUGCAUGAAUCUUCGAGAGGUUAAGUCUUUGAAGAAAUUAAACCAUGCCAAUAUAGUAAAACUGAAAGAAGUUAUCAGGGAAAAUGAUCAUCUUUAUUUUGUGUUUGAAUACAUGAAGGAAAAUCUUUACCAAUUGAUGAAAGAAAGAAACAAACUGUUUCCUGAAUCUACAGUUAGGAAUAUUAUGUAUCAGAUCCUGCAAGGGCUUGCAUUUAUCCAUAAACAUGGGUUCUUUCACAGAGACUUGAAACCUGAAAACCUCCUUUGCAUGGGACCAGAACUUGUGAAAAUAGCGGACUUUGGCUUAGCCCGAGAAAUCCGAUCUAGGCCUCCUUACACAGACUAUGUAUCUACAAGAUGGUAUAGGGCUCCUGAAGUUCUUCUGAGGUCCACCAGCUAUAGUUCUCCCAUUGAUAUCUGGGCUGUCGGCUGUAUAAUGGCAGAGGUUUACACGUUAAGGCCUCUCUUCCCUGGUGCCAGUGAAAUAGAUACUAUUUUCAAGAUUUGCCAAGUACUGGGGACACCAAAAAAGAACGAUUGGCCUGAAGGCUACCAACUUGCAGGUACCAUGAAUUUUCGCCUGCCCCAGUGUGUACCUAACAACCUAAAGACCCUAAUUCCUAAUGCUGGCAGUGAGGCAGUUCAGCUCAUGCGAGACAUGCUACAAUGGGACCCCAAAAAGCGACCAACAGCUAGUCAGGCACUUCGAUAUCCCUACUUCCAGGUUGGGCAUGCACUGGGCACUUCUCCCUGCAUUCAGGAACUGGGCAAGCAGCCGAAAGAACUCCAUGAUGAAGCAGCACUGCACCAUGUUAAACCUGUUCCUCCUGCACAACCCCCUCCAAAACCCCAUGUCCGUCUCUCAUCUAGACCAUUCCAGCAAAGCCAGUCUUCCCAGUACCUCAUGUACCCAUAUAAAGCAGACUGCUUGGUGACUGACCACGUGACCCAGUUAAGAGAGGACGAGCCUGCUCAGGUGCAUCUGCCAGCACUUCGUAGUCAAGUUCCUCAGCAGAAAAUACCGAUUGGGACAGAGAACACGAAUGGUGAACUUAAACCAAAGACUAGGCGAAGAUGGGGACACAUUACUAGAAUAAUGAAAGGUUCUGAAGAGUGGGAUGACUUGGAAGACUUUGAUUUUAGCUCUUCCCUCACCAGAACUGAUCUGAAAAACAAGAGGCGACAGAGUGAUGAAGCUCUUUGUAGGUUUGAAAGCAUUUUGGAUCUGAAGCUCUCAGACAAUCUAGGUUCUGGCAACAGCGCCCCUUCCCAUGUGUCCUUUCCACGGCAGGACACACCCACCUUGCGAGUUUCUGCAGCCAAGCAGCAUUACUUGAAACAUUCUAGGUAUUUACCUGGGAUAAGCACAAGGAAUAGCAUAGUCUCCAGUUCAAGCAAGGAUUCUAUUCCGUCUAAACCAUGGCCCACAUCUAAUUUGCCUGGAAAAGCUUCAGGUGUGGGAGGAGGGGUUAAUGGAAUGAAUUCAGAGCACUCAGGAUCGAGCAGGUUGACGGGUGGUUAUGUCUCUUCAUUUCUGAAGAAGGAAAUUGGCUCUGCUGGGCAGAGGGUUCAGUUAGCACCAGUUGCAGAUUCAUCUUCUAAUUACGCUUCUCUGAAGUCUGUCAGACCUCAUGUUGGGCGGCCAUCAUUUAAUACACCUUCAAAAAGCACACCAGCAUUAAUGCCGCGUCCACCGCCAAUUCAGCCAAUCCAUGGACGCACUGACUGGUCUUCAAAGUACGGAGCUCACCGGUGACUUGCAGAAAGCACUUUCUGUUGAAGCACUGCACAUUUCUCAUGAAAUGUUGACCAGUGCUAUACCAUUUGCCAUGACUUUGUAAGCCUGUGAUUUUGAAAGAAACCUUAUCUUCUUUGAGCAAGACAUUUCAAGACUACUUUUUUUUAGUUUUAUUUGUAUUGAUUUGAAUGCAAUCUUAUACCUUUUUUUGUAUAAAAUUGUUUUGUUAUAUGAUCAGGUUCAAUUAUUUUCUUAAAACCAAUACAUUUUGUAUAUAUGGCUUGAGGUUUUGGGCGUUUUAUACGAUAAACUUUGUAAUGAACUUGAUAAAAAUGUAAUAUUUCCUUUGUCAGGUCCAAAUAUUUUAUACAAGUAAAUAAAAUGUAGCAGACUGAGGCAGUAUUGCAAAGGAGAUACAAUUGUGAGAAAGGGGCAUUUGCCAAAUAUUGUUUUGUGAUGGAGUUUGAUGUUCUGAAUGGGACGUAUGAGGCAAGGCAGUCAAUCAAACUGAAUAACCCAGCCUUAUUUCAGCACCAUGGUGCAUGAGCUGGAUGCAAUUGUCAGCCUUUCACCUGCUUUGGGCUGACUUAACAUGAAAGACCAAGGGUCUGAACUUGCUUUCCUUGAGGUCAAUGGCAGGUGGAUUGGGCCCUAAGUCAAUCGCAGAUUUAUUGAAGGGUGUUUUUUAGCUUUGGCUGGUGUUUGUAAAUUUGUCUUCAUGCUCUCUGUGCUGCCUGUCAGUUUUACAGUUCUGGGGCUGAUCCUGUAAUCCCGAGGCCAAAUCCCUGCUAACUACACUGGGAGUUUGGCCUGAAUGAGGCCAGCAGGAUUAGGCUGCUAGUUUGACUACAUUCAGCCUGUUUCUAAUGCUAUCUCUGUUCAGUAAGUAUUCUGUGGGUUUUGCUCAUCUGUCCUGAAGUGCCGCUUCAGACUUAACUGUUGUUGUUGUCUUUCAGAGUGAAAAUAAAACAUACUGCAUUGGGGGCUGCUCCUAUUAGUCAAUUAUAACAUUCCUAAAGACUUCCACGGAGCAAAGUCAGACCCUGUUUUUGUAGGGCAAGUAGAAGCUGGAGAAAUAUUUGUCAUAGUCAAUAGAGCCUCAAAGCUGGCUCACAGGCAGAGUAACAUAGUAUUAGUGAUGCACCAGCAGUGAAGUUUAAGAAACUAUAUAUGUGGCUGACGUAAUUUCCAUGGCUUUGUUUUCCAGCCUGAUUCCCUUAGUGUAUCCAGAUGCAGUUUUCAUAAACAAGUAAACUUCAAUCAACAGUUACAGUGCUGAUUUAGCUUACCUUCCCAUAUUAUUAAAUAUAGAUCAGUUUCCAUAAACAUAGUCUUAUUGGCUAUUUUGUUAUAGUAAGCAUUUUGGAUCAAAUUCUGGUCCCCGUGAUGUCCAUGGGAAAAAUCUCAGUUGAUUUCAUUGAGACCAGUAUUUGACUUGUGCAGGAAAAAGUAACAUGGUAGAGAAGUUACAAGGGUUACUGACAGAGGAAAGCAGCCAAAUAGUGCAGGCACAAAACUGAGUGGGGAUUGCCCUCUCCAUUCUAAAAGUUUAGCUUAUCAAAGUGCACUGGAAAAGGCUACCACCCCUUUCUAGAAAAAAUGUGCAAAAAGGAAAGAGAAUAAUCCUGUGUAUUUCACCGCACAGAAAACCCUCCCUGAUCUCUCGAGGAUAAAGGCUUGGGAAUGGCCUCGUAUUCAUAUGGAGCCUGAUAAUCCACAAGCAGGCCUGGGCCCAAGCCCGGCGUAUCUGUGCAGAAUGCCUCUUUCUUUGCACUCUUUCCAAGACUCUCUUCCCCUGAGCUAGCCUAGGGGCUACAUUGCUCUUGGGUUUCCCCAAUCUACCUGCCCACUGCCUCCUUUUCCAAAGGGCAGAAGCUGGAUUGGAAGGUAAUUCUGUGGACUAAUUUCUGCUGGACUUCCCUACAAAAAACACUUCAUUUUGGGCAGAGAGUAUGUCCUAGGGCAAUUUCUCUGCCAGUCCCAUUCUGAAAUCAGCAGAGCACCAAUUAUGAUUUGCUCAUGUAGAGAGAGGGUGAGCAGCUGCUGGCUCAGCUGUAGGAGAGAGCGUGAUGGAUAGUGGCCAGUGCCUUUGUUCUAUGCACUGUGAUAACAGGUGGGCACCAUAUGCUGCUCCCCACACAAUGCAAUGAAGGAGCAAAAUGGUUUAUGCAUUAUUUAAAAAUUAAUAUGUACAUAGGAUCCUCACAGAAUCGCAUCAUGGCUCUCUAAUCCUCACCACCCAGGCUUUGUUACCAGUUAACUAGCAAACACUCAUUUCAAACCUAUAGGUACUUGCUAACAGAGCUGUGAUGUUGGUGUACACACAAGGAAGUAAAACAGAGCCAUUUUGAAUUAUGCAGCACAAGCUGCAUGUACAGGGGGAAGGGGUGGGGUGGGGUGGGAGGAGUGUUUGCCAAGUGGAAAAGGAAAGAAUUGUGUAUUUACAUUUCUUAAAACCAUAUAGAAUAAGAACUGACUGUUUCCUGUCUGGAAAUCAAAAUCUGCAUUUAUAUUUAGAAAUCGUUUUAAUUUAUUUGUAAUUAAUGAACUGACACUAACAAGGGAGAUGUUUGGACCUAUACAAAUAUCUAGCUAGGUGUUUAUAAAUAGUCUAUUCUGCUGUGACCAUAUGCCCCUAAUUCUCAUAAAUGGUCAUAAUGCCCAUCAUUGUCAGAAUAGAGUACUUAAAGCCCAAUCCUGCAACCCUUACUCAGGCAAGCAAGUAAUUUGCCUGAGUAAGGGGUUCAGAAUCAUGGCUAGUCCUGCAAAGGGAUCCACAAGAAGGGUCAUAAGGUUACUCGGUGCAGGAAUAAGGAUCUGCAUUCAAAUGUGGGGCCUCUAUUUGUCAAACCUAAACAGCUCACAUUCAAAAAUUGUCUACUCAAGUUUUAAAUUAAACAGAUUUAAUGCAUAGAUUCACUCAGUAGCAAGUGUAUUGUGUGCACAAUCCUGCAAACUCACACUGAGCUCAUUGAGAGUUUUGCUUGAAUAAGGACUGCAGGGUUGGGCUAUAUCAUUUUUAUUUUUUUAAUGUUUUCUUUGAUUUGUGCCGUUUAGAUGGGAAAAAGUAGAGAAUGUAUAUUGCAUUGAAAACCUGACCAAAAGCAAUAUAUUUGUAGGAAAACAUAUCACAUGCAAAAUAUUACCUAUCUCUUAGCAGGUUCUGCAGCAUUUUUAUGCUAAGUAUAUGAUUUUGAUUUUUAGAAUGAUUUUACCUUUUACAGUUUCUCAUACUCAUACUCAUGUGUAAUACGUAAUGAUGACCUUAACAUGAAGGAGUCAGACCUUGGGUUGGCAUAUUAAUCUGUAUUAUCUUGAUUUUUCUUAAGUUAUGUGCAGAGAAAUAAAAUGAAAUUAGUACAGAAACGCUCCCAACACUGCUUACAGAUUCAUUAAAAAUGCUUUAGCGAAAGUACGUACCCUAAGAUGGGGAGAAACAUAUUUAUUGAAAGAAAUGAAAACCCAGAAGAUUUUCUAUUUGUUUUUUUUCAGUGUGUGUGUUAUUGGGGGUGGAUGUUUAAACUGUUUAAUUCCUUCUGUGUAAAGAGCCUCCUGCCCAGAAUAAAGUUACUCUUGAAGAGA